AUGGGGAUGAUGGGGACGACUUGGCUUAUCGUCAGGAUCUUCACUCCUACCACUUCAAAGCUCAGUAACUUAUCACUCCCUCGUGAUCUCAAAACCGAAUUCGUCACUGCCAUUCAUCGCAAAGUUCCAGGCUUUCGUGGCGCUGUCAGUAUCGCGACCAGAGAGAUGCAAGAGACGACAGCGUUUCAGAGCACGAAGCUACUGUUCCCAGAGCAAGAGAGGCUGAUAUGCCCACGUUGCGAUUCGACCAACACCAAGUUCUGCUACUUCAACAACUACAACCUCUCCCAGCCCCGCCAUUUCUGCAAGAACUGCAAGCGCUACUGGACCAAAGGCGGCUCUCUCCGCAACAUCCCCGUCGGCGGCGGCACCCGCAAGAAAUCCUCCACCAAGCGGGCCUCCAACCCGAAACGCCAGAACCAGGAUCCGGAUCCUGACCCGAGACCCAGUAAGCACGGGCUGCAGCUCCAAGAGUCGGCCACAGCCGACUCCUUGCAGUCUAACGCCACAGAAGGGGCCCUGUUGGAGGGUCCGAACUCGAGCGGAUUGGGGGCGGGAUCCGGUGGAUAUGGGGUUAGCCUGAACCCGGGCUCGAGCUUGGGUUUGGGUUCUGUCAUGGGGCCUGAACCAGAGCUUGACUCGCGACGUGGCGGCGGAGGGCGGGAGGAUCAUUUUGGACAUGCAAGAUGGUCUUGCUAUCUAGAGUACACCAACUUCAAGACUACUACGGAGGAGAGAUGGUGA